UGAAGCAUCUCCACGGCCAGGAGACUACACGACUUACUGCCAAUAACCCAUUCCAUCGGUAUCAUGGUCGCCAGGAUGCGAAAAGCACGCCCCAGAGAAGCAUCUGAUCAAGAGUUGGAUAGCGAUCAAGAUUCGAGCUCGUGGGACUCAGAUGCACAAGAUGAAGUGCAUGAUGAUAGCCCUAGGAAACGCAGAAGAUUAUCUGAUUCUUCAGCUGGCGAGAAAGCGGUCUCUCAGCCUCUCCUUCCGGCUUCUUCACUUUCGCGCAUAAAAACCAAGAAACAAGGACUUCUCCAACCAAACUCUGGAACAUCGGACUCUGCAUCUGCUUUCGUAACGAAUGACGAAAAGGCUAGCUUUUCUGAUAUUGGGGUUGCGCCAUGGUUAGUGGCAUCUCUGGCAGCCAUGCAAAUCACGAGACCCACUGGAAUUCAAAAGACUUGCAUUCCCGAGAUCAUCAAAGGGAGAGACUGUAUCGGCGGAAGCAGAACCGGUUCUGGAAAGACUGUGGCUUUCAUGACACCGAUAUUGCAGAAAUGGGCGGAGGAUCCGGUCGGGAUAUUUGCCGUAAUCCUGACACCUACCAGAGAACUAGCACUUCAGAUCUUCGAGCAGGUCAAGGCAGUGUCGUCGCCAGUCUCACUCAAGCCGUGCUUGAUAACAGGUGGCAGUGACCACCGUGCACAGACACUUGCGCUAUCACAACGACCUCACAUUGUCAUUGCAACACCAGGACGACUAGCUGAUCAUAUUGAUACGUCUGGGGAAGACACUAUCGGUGGCCUUCGAAGAGUUCGGUUCCUAGUCCUUGAUGAAGCCGAUCGUCUUCUUGCGACAGGUAACGGCAGUAUGGUCCCUGACCUCGAGACGUGCCUGGAUAUCUUGCCCCCGUCAACCGAACGGCAGACUCUACUCUUUACAGCUACAGUCACUCCAGAAGUAAGAGCUAUCAAGGAAAACCCGCGUCCGGCAGGGCGACCCCCAUUCUUUGUGUCUGAGGUUGAUACCGAAGUCCUUGCCAUCCCAGCUACACUAGAGCAGAAGUAUCUGCAAGCCCCAGUCACUCACCGCGAAUCAUUUCUUCAUAUCCUCCUCCUCACACCAGCGAACGCCAAAAAGAGCAUCAUAAUCUUUUGCAACAGGACUAGCACAGCGACCUUUCUUGAGCAUAUGCUCAGGCUGUUGGAGCACAGAGUGACCUCACUUCAUUCAGCAUUACCGCAGGCUGACCGGGUAUCAAAUCUCGCCCGGUUUCGUGCUAGGGCAGCAAGAAUCCUCGUAGCUACAGAUGUCGCCGCGCGUGGUCUUGAUAUCCCCGAGGUUGCCAUGGUAAUUCACUACGAUCUUCCACGAGACCCUGACGACUAUAUCCACCGCAGUGGGCGGACAGCAAGAGCUGGAAGGUCAGGUGAGAGCGUGAGUUUUAUCGGCCAGCGAGAUCAGGGUCUCAUUCUUGCGAUCGAAGAGCGAGUCGGGAAGAAAAUGGUAGAGUACGACGAGGAGGGCGUGAGCAUCGAAGGUCGGGUCAUUAGGGACGCCUUGAAGAUUGUUGGCGAGAAGAAGAGAGAGGCAAUGCUACAGAUCGAGGAAGGCAGGAACGUUGCUGGGAAGAGGAAGAAGGGGAUGCAAAAACGUGUCAAAAACUAAGGUCGGUCAUCAGGAACUACAAUUGCACUACAGUAGGUUCACCUCAAUGAAAUCAUUCACUUUAUCUGUAUGCGUG